GAAGGGGUGUGUGAGAGAGCGGGUACUUUUUAGUGGGAGGUAGAGAGAGGAGGCUGUCAAAAGCAGUCAAGGAUGACCACCGCGCGAGGACGUUGCGUCUUGCGAGGGUCGUACUGAUAGAAAUGCCUCCCCGCGUAAAGAAACUAUCACGAAAAAUUACUCCGCUUGAAAAAAUCUACCUAAAUGUAUGAUGACGUCGAUCAAGGCAGUUGAAAACUCUGGGAUAGGUGUUCUACAACUGCUUAAACUUUUUUCGCUCUAAAUUGACUUUCUGACAAGCCAUGGAUAAACUUGGAUAACUUCGCUCUCAAAAGUUCCCAAGCGCGCCCCUCAACGCUCAGACUGAUUCUUCACCUGCCAAAGCAGCUGCUUGCUUGCAUCGAAAGAGCUCUUCAGCCGUGGUGGAAUAUAUCACAUUAUAGCUCUCUCUCUCGUCUUUUCCUUUGAAGCGCAUUCGCGAUGGCAGCUGCUGUGUGUCUUUUGCUGGCGCUGAUUCUCCCUGGAUUUACCUUUGCGGGUGGAUACGGAUACGGUCAGCUGGUGGACCACGGCCAGGUCCGGACGGUGGCACAGAACGGACAGCGGGCAGCCAGCAGACACAGGAACUGGUGUGCCUACGUGGUGACGAAGACCAUCAGCUGUGUCAUGGAGGAUGGUGUGGAGACCUACGUGAAGCCCGACUACCAGCGCUGCGCUUACGGACAGUGUGGGCCCCGCGUAGUGACUUACCGGACCUACAGGAGGCCAAAGUACAAGGUGGCCUAUCGCAUGGUGACGGAGAUGGAAUGGAAGUGUUGCCACGGAUACUCCGGUGAUGACUGCAGUGACGGACCCACGGGGGGAUCGGACCUCCAGAUCGGGGGAGGGGGCACGCAUCCCUCUCAGACGGGCCACGGCAAUGAGGGGGGGCAGAGAGGGGGAGGAGGAGGAGCAGACAGUGACAAGAUGCGGCAGCUGGAGGAGAAGAUCGAGAGCCUGACCAAGGACCUCUACAACGUGCAGUCCACCCUGCACGGCGUCAACCAGCAGCUCCAUGAGCAGUCCCACAGGCAGGGGGGCCAGAGCGGGGGCCGCAACCCGGCGGACGCAGCCCAACCCCUCAUCAAGGACACCAUCCACAACAUCCAGGCCAAGCUGGACCUCCUGGACAACAUGACCCGCGUGCACGACCGCACCCUCAUCGACAUCAACAACCACCUCGUCAACGGCAACGGCAACGGGAACGGGAACGGCAACGAUGUGGACGCGGACAGCGGGCGCUACCACACCCUGAAGGAGGAGAUCCUGCGGGAGCUGGAGAACCGUGUGGUUCUGUCGUGUUCCGCGUGCCACGCCGGCGUGGACGACCUGCGCAAGCAGCAGCAGGAGGACCGGGAGCGGAUCCGGGCGCUGGAGAAGCUCCUGAGCUCCAUGGACCAGCACCACCGGCAGGAAGUGACCACCCUGCGACAGGAAGUGACGCGCACGCAGGGCUGCUGCGAUUCGCUGGCCGACCUGGAGCGGCGUCUGGACGCAGUGGAGAGGAAGGUGAGCGCCUCGACGGAGAGCUACGACAUCCUCCGCACGCGGCUCGACAAGGAGCUGAAAGGGACCAACGGCAACGGCGGCGGAGGGAGGUCAAAGGUCACGGAGGACAGGCUGAACAGCCGGCUGAGGGACCUGGAGCGCCGCGUCAACGGAACAGUGAAGAAGGCGGAGCAGAAGUGCGCCCAGACGGAGAACAACCUGCGGAACUCCCUGCAGAAGGAGCUGGGGAACACCAGGAACAUCUACAAUGGGCGGCUGGACGACCACCAGUCCAGGAUCGGCAGGGUGGAGGCUGACGUGCGGCACCUUCAGGACACAGUGUACGACCACGGCGGCCGCUUAAAUCACCUGGACAACAUCACGUCCGUCAUGAACACCAAACUGGCGUCGGCCGUCAGCCUGUGCGCGGACUCUUGUGGCCCCCAGGGUCGAGGCCGGCAGACCGAGAACUCGGUAAAGACUCUAGAAUGGAAGGUCAUCUCCAAUGAGAAGGACAUCAAGAAGUUCGACACCCGGCUCAAAGACCUGAGCAUGUCCGGGGACUCGCUCAUGGACCGCGUCCUGGACAUCAGCCGCGACGUGAACCGCAUCAAGACCCUGACGGGGGACAACGGCGAGAACUUCAACAGGAUCGUGACCGUGGUGGAGGACCUGGGCCGCAGCGUGGACGACUGCAGCGUGUGCAGCUCCGUGGACAGGGACCUACAGGGCUUCAAGAACGCCACCGGCAUGGCCUUGAGCAGGUGGGCGGGCGAGGUCACCAGCCUGAGGAACAAGGUCGACAACGACGAGAGCACCUGCUCUCAGGUGUGCUCCAACCUGCAGGAGGAAGUGGGCAACCUGAAAGAGGAUGUGGAGAAGUGCCGGGGCCAGUGCCGCCUGGUCAUGGAUGACCUCAACGCCCGCAAGAGGGACAUGGACGGCCACCACGUCAUCACCGGAACCCUGGGCAAGGACCUGAGGUCCGUCCAGGGGGAGAUCUCCGGGUUCCUGCACACCUUCACCUCCAUCAACGACACGCUGAGAGGACUCGGCCGCACGGUGAACAGGCAUGACGGCACGCUCACGGACCUGGGCAACAGCAAGAACAAGAUCGUCUCGGAGAUCGAGCGGCUGCAGGACGACCUCGACGAACACACGGAGGACAGCAAGGUGCGCUUCAACAAGCUGGACGGCGAGAUCCAGCGCUUCGGCAGCAACCUCGUCGUCGAGAUGGAGGACUGCCGACGCUCCAAGGAAGGCCUGGACAAGCGGGUGACCAAGAUGGAGGACAUGUGCGGGCGUCUGGACGUGGUGUCGGACGGCCUGCAGACCAUCAAGGACGGGCUGAACCGGCACGUGGCCAGCCUGUGGGAGUGUGUGAACGGGCUGAACGCCACGGUGCUCUCCCACGGGGAGGCCAUAGACAGGAACAGCGUGGACCUGGACAACCUCCACGACCUGCUGCACAGCCUCAACGCCUCCGUGCUGCGCAUCCUCGACGACUUCCAGGACUUCACCCAUCAGGACUUUGUUGGGCCUCCUGGACCAGCUGGGCGCCAGGGAGAGAGGGGCCUGCCAGGCCUGCCCGGGCUAAGGGGCCCCGGGGGACGAGAGGGGCCACAGGGCAAAAUAGGCCUACAGGGGCCCAGAGGACCACCAGGCCUGAGAGGUGAGGAAGGUCCCCCUGGUAAGGAUGCCCAUGUGCCCAGGUUGUCCUUCUCCGCUGCCCUGACGCGACCCCAGACUAGCGCUGGCACCAUCAUCUUCAACAAGAUCCUGGUCAACGAAGGCCAAGCAUACAACGACAGAACUGGCAUGUUCACCGCCCCCGUGGACGGCCGCUACUUCUUCAGCGCCAUCCUGACGGGCCACAAGAACGUGAAGGUCGAGGCGGUGCUGUCCAAGUCCAAUCGUGGCAUCGCCCGCGGCGACUCGGCCGGCUACCAGCCCGAGGGCCUGGAGAAGCCCAUGGCGGAGACGCGGGUCUUCCCCGGCUCGCUGGUGGUCUUCAACAUCGUCCUGCCGCUGCAGAGGGGCGACACCGUCUGCAUCGACCUGGUCACGGGCAAACUGGCGCACUCCGUGGAGCCGCUCACCAUCUUCAACGGGGUGCUUCUGUACGAGGACAAGCACAUCUAAAGGGCCCAUUCGUACCCUAAGUGUUACAUCUAAAGGACCCAUUCGUACCCUACGUGUGACACCUAAAGGCCCAUUCGUACCCUACGUGUGACACCUAAAGGCCCAUUCGUACCCUACGUGUGACAUCUAAAGGCCCAUUUGUACCCUACGUGUUACAUCUAAAGGACCCAUUUGUACCCUACGUGUGACACCUAAAGGCCCAUUCGUACCCUACGUGUUACACGCUGUUUCACGGAUACGUGUGGAGUGUUUGUUUCACGCGUUCCAGACACUGAAUUUGUAUGUCUGAGUUUUUUUUUACAUGAAGUCGAGGAGCUUAAUUUAUGUACAGUACGCAAUAGAUUGAAAACUACAAGAACAAUAACAAGACGUGCCACCACAUGUCAAAGAUGAUGGAGGAAGUUCUUGACAGUUAGAAUGUAUGACCACGGUGGCAACAUAUGAGGCUCAAAGACGUUUUUUGGGGGAGGGCCUCAGAUGUCAGGUGGCGCAACGGCAUCUAAUGCCCAUGAAUGAAUUAGUAAUUGGUGGUUGAUAUGCUGCAAUGCAUAUACUUCUUUAGUAGUCCACUAAAAACAAACAAACAAACAAAAAAUCCUUAUAAUAGUGGCACUGGCUGUCGUUGCGCUACUGCUGAAAUGUCACUAACCCAUGACCAGUAAUAUGCACGUAAUGGACCAAACGUAGGGUAUGAAUGGCGCUUUAUCGUGUACGGCCUUCCACAGGGUUCCUCUCUACGAGGAGAGAGAGAGGGGAGAUGUUGCACCACCACCACCACCAGCAUUAACAAGACCACCAGUGUUGACAUCGAAAAACAAAAGAAAAGAGAAAAAAAGAAAGGAAAGGGAGGGGAUAAACUUUAUAGGUGGUGUUGAAAAUGGGGCAGAGCACCAUCUUGGUUGCCAGGGAUAUGCGAAGUUGACAGGACGUAAAUUCCAGCGCAGUGCAUUUGGAGGAGGCCCCCAUAAUAGAAUACAGGUCCAGACUUUGGCAAAAAAAAAGAAAGAAAGAAAAAGAAAAGAAAAGAGGAAUGAAAGUGUUUCUCUUCUGAAGUCAGCGUGAUGAUUUGAGACACAUUUGAAAGAAUGUUAUCUUCUAUAGCCAUGUCCUAUCCAUGGAAAGAUUGUUUUGUUUGUUUGUUUGUUUGAUUUGAUUCGUCCAUUUUUUUUUUUAAAUAAAGGACACUGUCCUGGCCUUUUGAGAAAUGAUACAGCAGCAUGCAGCCUAAUAAUAAUACCACUUAUGAUCUGUCCUCCUGCCUGUCCUCCUGCCUGGGCAUUCAUCACCAAGCACUGCCAACCGCCGGGACGGAGCGUCGAAACGUGGCCUUGAGGCCCGGCCAAACACCCCCCUCCCCCCUCCCUCGCUGCCAGGCCCUCGCUACGGAGCGCGCUCCCUUUGAAGCCGGUACAUGUCAAAGUUCAAAGCAUAUCUGUGGGAAGAGUCAUCUAUGUUUUUUUUUUUUUUUGACAAAACAGGACGGAAAAAGCUCCCCUCCCCCCCUCCCCUUUCCUUCAAAGCACACUAACGGCUUAACUGGACUGCUACAGAGUCAAAAGGAGGAGGAGGAGGUGGUGGAGGAGGAGGAGGAGGAAGAGGAGUAGGAAGAGGGGAGGAGGAUGAUGCCAGUAGCUCUCCAGGUCUCUGCUUGUUUUACCAUCACACCAUUUCCACUUCCUCACACGUUUUCUCUUGCCAGUUUUAGCUGUUGUUUAUUUUUUAUUUUCUCUGUCCUCUCUUACCGUCAAUGUUUGGCCUGCACAUGGACUGCUGAGUGGAUGUCUGUGGAGUGAAAACGACAAACACAAACUAAAAUAAUAGACAUUCUAAGACUCUGAGGGAGGGGUGGGGUAUUGUGUGGGACUUCGGGGGGGUUGGUCUCUGAGAAGAUGCAACUGGGCUUAGAACACACAGACUCACGCAGACAGACAGUUUUUCAAGCAUUCCAAACUGCCGACCAAAACAGCCAAAGGCUACAAGAGCCCGAGCCUCGUUAUGAGUCCAGCUGGGACACGGUCCUUUUAAGGACCCCUUUGUAAAAGUGGAGUUACGUAACCGUGUCAGCCAAGUCCUCCCCUGACAAUUUCAAUUCAUGUGGUCUCAAUCAAACACGUCUCAGCAUCGGCUAAAUAUAAUAUGAGUAUAAUUUAAUAUCACCAUGCAGUAACAGUUCCUGUCUGACCCUGGCCUCCUUGUGUGUUCUUCCAAAUGAGUGACUAUACCUCUCAGAACCAGAAUAACACCCAGUGGUCUUUGGCUGUCUUCACAUGAGGCGGAGAGCACAAAGUUGUGCAAACAAUUAUGGACCAAGACAUGUAACCACAUUAGUCCGUGUAACACACAUAUGUUUGAAGUGGUCUUAUAUGGAAAAACAAAACUAUUUUUAAAGCCAUUUUUACAGCUUUUUUGUACUGUACAACACGCCUUAAUGACAUAUUUUCAUAAUCUUUGUGGAUGCCUAAACCUCAACACACAAUGCAAACACACAAUGCAACUUAUUUUUUGUGUUGUUUUUCUAACGAGAUGCAAGAUCCAAAUAGACUGUAAAUGUUUUUUUUUGUAUAUUUUUUCCAGCAUUUGUUUUCUAUGACUCACCAACACCAAGAAUAUUGCUACAAAAGAAUGUGUUAUGUGUGCUAUAAGAGUGUUUCAAAUAAAGAUAUUUAAUUUUACACUA